AUGGAAUCCGAACGUGGUAGUACCCAGCCUAUCCGGCGUAAGCCCAUGAACACAGCCGAUGCUGUUACUCAGCCCACUGGCAUUGAUUCUAGGUCAGUUGAACCUGCAAGUGAGCCGCUUCUUUCAGACCAAGAAAACGACCCAAACACUCCUACCAAAACUUUCGAUCAAAAACAAUCCCCCAACCUUGUUAGUGUAGUGCCCGCCAACGACCAAACUCUCAGUCCGACUUUGAAUCAGGAAGAUUUUGCCACUGGGGGAUACAAGACAGAGAAAGCCAGUCCCUGCGCGGAAGCUAUUAGCUCAAAAGGCUUAGCACAAGCCAAAUGGAUUUGGUUCAAGCAUCCACGGCCGCUCAAAGAUUUUGAAGCGUUUGACAGGGCGUCAAGAGGCUUAGGCGGUAGCUUAAGCUUGCUCUCUCACACCAAGGGAUGGUUCGUUGGUAUCAUCGCUGCAUUUCUUUUGAGUACCACGAUUGCCACAUCAACAAUCACUCAAUUUGCAGUCACAUACCCGUCUAGACUUAAUCAAGAUGGAAGCAAGGGAAGUGCGGAGGCAUGGAGGUUAGGGGAGAGCUGGGGGAAGGAUGAGUCGAAUUAUGCUUUCAUGAACGAGCCAGCAAUUGCGAGAGGUGUCAGACGAGGAAUCCAUAAUUUAGUGACUGAAACGAUCCCUUUUAGAGAACCGAAGUGUGCCUCGGCCAAUUGCAGAUGGCCAGAAUUCCGCACGCUUGCUAUAGGCUACAAGGCUACGAAUGUUACCCACCUGAUCGAGGCGGAUGUCAAUUUCCACGAUGGUAAUCCCAAUAUCACUCUGCCAAAUGGCGUUCAUACGGAACCGGGCAAAAGUCGUGCCAGAUACACUGGCGCCCCAACAUUUUUCCUUGGGAGUGGGCCAACUCUAGUACAUCAGCAUUUGCGAAAUGCAUCAAUUCUCGAUUACUUCGCCAUUUAUUGGGAACCAUCUAACAUCUUGCCCUGGGCAGUUGAAGUUUCCUUCUAUUGGUGCAUUGACACUUAUCAUCCUGAACUAGUCGAUAAUGUCCUUCGCAUGAACAAGUCGGCAUCCCAGAUCCCGAAAUUACACGCAUUGCAAGGGGAUGACUAUCGUGGAUACGUGUCUUUGGAAUCACCAGACAAAGACGACGUCACGUGGACCAUUGGUGGGCUAUCUACGAGAACAAUAGCAACUCAGUUAAACGAAUCGCUAAGUGGCUACACUGUCGUUCUAGCAGGAGAACCAAUGCGUGGUACAUCAGGGAGUGACAUCCUAGCACAAGCCACCAAAGAGGUUGCACAAAAGCUUGCGAAGGGUAAUUCCACGCUUGAAAUCUAUGAGGCAGAGAAAGCUUGGUCGACCGCCCUGGAGGGCCUGUCGGCGAACGUGGCCAACAGUCUUACAAACACACUCCUUCCUGAUCAAUCUAACAUCAAUGGUCUAUCUUUAAAUACCGAGGUAUACGUCCUGGUUCGGUGGGAAUGGCUGGCACUUCUAAGUGUGCAGGUUGCACUCUCCAUCUGUCUUCUGAUUUGCAUUAUUGUCGAGUCAACGAAGGCAGAGGUUGAGGUUAUGAAAGGUUCGACAGUACCAGUAUUGUUUGCCAUCAAUGCGGCAGACAAGGCUAGGAUGGAAAAUGGGGACUUUGAUUCAGAUUCAUUAAGACAGAUAGAACAUCAGCAGAAGCUGGCUCACGUUAACUUACGUUCCACGGCCCUCGAUGAAGAUGCAUGGCCUGAAGCAAUGGUGCAGCUCCGCUGGAACGGACUGCGCCGAACCGAGAGCUUCUCCACCAAGACCAGGAUGCAGCUCAAUUGUCGAGACUUUAUUGGCGACAAUCGACCUGUCCCACUGCCUAUUAAUUCAAGCAGCGUGAGUAUGACACUUCUAGACGAUGAUAUUGGGGAGCUGCCUGCACUGUCGACCCUCGGCUUCGAGGCCCAGCUCGAAUCCACCGUCUUUGCUGACACGCAAUGCAUCGCUUCCCUCAUGACGCCCGCCAUACCCCCGGCCAUCUCGUCUGGGCUCCGUUACGGGUCGCUAGGCAUCUUCCUCUUUGUAUUCUUCGUCUCUGUUCUACGAACCAUAGCAACAGUGCCCGGCCUGCAACACCGGAACGAGAACGACAGCACGCGUAGCAACGUGGCCUCAAACGCAACCGUCCUUCCUUCUGUCUCCAACUGCCUCCAUUUCCUCCAAUUCAUCUUCUUGACUGGUGGACUCAGCUUAUCGUACCCAGGCUUCUACCCAGCUGCAGUUGCCCACCUGAAUUGGUUUGCUCUCUUUGCCGAUCUGGCGCUCCCAAUUAGGAGCUUCGUUCCUCCGCCGAUCACUGGGGUGGUGAUCAUGGCAUCUACAUACCCUGGCGUGAGGGACGGCCUGUACGAGGUCAAUGGCACCUACGGCGGCUACCCCGGACUAGAGGUCAUGACACAGAUGGUCGGUGCCCCUAUGACAUGCGACACGUGGCUGCUUAUGUUGUGUUUCAUUGCCAGCAUCGCCAUGAUGCUGGGUCUAUUCCUUUGGCUGCUCGAGACACUGCGCCCGCGAAACGUUCUAGGGUUGCCGUUGUUGGGUCCCAGUGACAGGACCCUUGGGAUGCGUAUAGGUAAUGGUGUACUCAAGCUUGUGCUUUCGUACAUCACCCUUCCGUUAGUAGCACUGUCAAUUUACCAACUCAACUUUUCUGGGACUCUUGGCGCAGGCCAUGUCACGCUCACAGUAGUCGUCCUGGUCCUUAUCCUUUUAGCUUUUGCCUGGGUCGCGGUCCGUCUACCAUCAGAAAACCUAGGCGCACUGGUGUUCGAGGCCAAGCUUCAGUACCAACACGUCGGAGGAGACGGAGGUCAAGACUUCGAGGAGGAGAAGCAGGCACGGCGCGAGCACGGGUACGUCAUAGUCCUAUUUGUGUUGAACAUUGAUGCUCCCGUGUUUAAUCUCCGCCAGCUGCAGCGCCGCGAAACGCCUAUGCCCUGGCAGACUGAUGACUCUCCCUCACGUCCAUCUAUCGACAGGAACUCUAUCCUGAUACGCGACCGCUUACCCUUUGGUGACGAACGGGGUCUUUGCCAUGAUAUAUCGCCUCAUGGCUUCAACCAGUCCACUUCUUCUCUGAAUCCACACUUUUACCGUCCCCCAAGAUCGCCUAUUCCCACCGCCCCUGGUGAGAUGUCUCGCUUCUUCGACGACCGCUCUCAGGACUCAGGCUUAGUGUCUCCCUCAAUUACACUGUCAGUUGCAAACUGGCCCUCGUCUACCAACACAAAAUAUUCGAGGACAAGCCUACCCAAUAUGUCACCGAUCAUCCACUGCGUGCGCCAUGGCCAGGGCGUUCAUAACCUCAGCUACGCAAAUCAUGAUCUGCCUGAUCCCGAACUGACCCCUCUUGGAGAGGAGCAAGCCCGGGCUCUGACCACUAGGUUCCCUGACUUGGCCAACGUUGAACUCAUCGUGUCCUCACCACUACGACGUACGAUCCAGACUGCUCUGUUGGCGUUCCCGUCGAAGCUUGAAGACGGCAUGCAGGUUUUAGCCUUACCGGAGGUGCAGGAAGCGAGCGAGCUGAUCUGCGAUACCGGCAGUCCUCUUCCUGAUAUUAAAGCCAAUUUUGAUGGUCUUCCCGUGGAUUUCAGCCUUGUCGAACCGGACUGGUGCAUCAAGCAAGGGAAAUGGGCGCCGAUUGCGGCUUGCCUCUUAGAAAGGGCUGCGCUGGCCCGACGUUGGUUGAGCGAAAGGGCUGAAGCUGAAGUCGUAGUGAUUUCGCAUGGUUGUUUCCUGCACUUUCUGACGGAUGACUGGGUUAAUGCUGUUAACUCUCAAGCAACUGACUGGGCUAACGCAGAGGUUCGCUCUUUUACCUUAGCUUCCGAUAUUCAUGGAGGUCAUUCUCUUGAUGAGUCUGAAGGAUCUAGAAAAAGAAGAGGAUGUGGACAAGUCGCUUUGACAAAGGAGCAACAGCUAGAUCUACGGGAUACAGUACUCAAGACAUGGAUUGAAUGGGGGGUGAUAAAAGAGUGA